UGAAGUUAAAAGUCUCCCUCUCAGGAAGCCCUCUUUUACGCACAUUUGGAAAAGGCAACACGAGUCCGUUUCCUCUUGAGAGAGGGGGAAAAAAAAACAUUUGAAACUUUUUUGGGUGGGGCUUAAUGCUGAGAGGAAAUAGAAGGAAGGGAGUGAGAAAACAGGGAGAUGUGUGUGGAGCGAAUUAGAGGCUGGGUGGGUCCACGCAGUUACACAUUCCCAAAUAUCUAAAGCGCCGUGUGUGAAAAGCUCUUCCAGUUUUUUUUUUCAGGGGGCCACAAUGUUGAUGCUGGUGGGAAUCGUCGCUCUGCACAUCACGGACAUCAUCCUGCUUCUGGUGGCCACCAUCGAUAAUGCCUGGUGGAUCACCGACACCACGUCGACUGACCUGUGGGGCCGGUGGGAGCUGACCAAUUCAGACUGGCACUACAUUAACCCGAAGGACUCCUCGGGAGAGUUCCUCCAGUCGGUGCAGGCCACCUCGGUGCUGGCCUGCGUCUUUGCCAUCCUGGCCCUGUUCGUGUUUCUGGCCCAGCUCUUCACCCUGCCCAAAAACCAGCGCUUCACCUUCACCGGCAUCCUACAGCUGUUCUCCUGCCUGUGCAUAAUGAUAGCAGCCUCCAUCUACACAGCUGAGCUCCACACCGGUGAGGCAACGGGAGGGUACGGGCACUGCUACAUCCUGGCGUGGAUCUCUUUCGUCCUGUCCGCCCUCCUAACCGUCGUCUACCUCGUCCUGCGGAAGAAGAGCGAGUGAGCGAGAGGGCGGCGCCACGUUCUUCCGUAAGCGGGGACCGGGCGAGAGAGGGCGAGGUGGAUUUCAGACAUCUCGAGGACGAGCUGCUCGACAUCUGCAGCUCGGAACGUGUGAAUUUGUUCGAAUGCUAACAGGAGCCAUUUGUAAUGUUUUGAAUUGAACAGGUUUUUAGUUUUGAAGAGCGGGACUGCGUAGGAGCUAAAUUGUCACGAUGAAAAAAUGCGCCUCCCCUCACAUUCAGCUGAGUUGCCUUAACUUUUUUUUUUUUCCCUUUUCUUUUGUCCUCUAGUUAAAUUUAGCUUUUGGAGACUUGAAUCCAAACAUGCCAGUAUUUUAGUGGAGUAGUUUCCGCAUUUACAGAAACAUGUUUUCUUGCAUUUGUCUCAGAGAUUAAAAGAUGGACGCCGUUUUGAAAAGCCAGACUGGGCGAUGUCAGUCCUAUCAUGGGCUGGCGUUAAUAAAAAGUGGCCAAACGCGUUCCCAAAAUGAUGAUGCAAGAGUGUUAAAAGCCAUCAGAGAAAGCCCUUCUAGAAGACUUUGGCUCAGAAUCAAGGGCUUCUCAUCUUUUAGCUGACAGUUUGUACUGCAGUGGAUCCAGUACAUGGAACAAUCCUGUAGCUCAAAAUUGCAUAAAAUUACAAUUGAUUUUAUUCAUUUAUCAUUAUUUUAACAACUAAAGCAUAGUGUAUCCCUUCUCAGUCUAUGUACAAUGUAACCAUAUUAAUUUUUGUAUUCUGUUUUUUUUUUUUGUAUCCUUAUUUGAUUUUGUGUCUGUAGUCGGCUGCUAUCAUGAGAAAAAGUACUUUUGUACAAGUGAACAUUAAGUGAACCAGGGACGGAGGACAAUCGCGGCGUUAUAUUCCCACAUUUAACAGAAAUAUGCAUUCUGAUGUUUGUUUGUAAUUAUAUUGGAAUUGAAGCCAUGUCAUUUACUAAUAAAACACAUAAAAAAAACCUC